AUGAAGCUGAAUAGACUGCCAUUAAACGAAAGAAUUCAGUCUUUCGACAUGCAAAGUUCACCUGGGAAACCAACUUGUUCCAACCAAAGUUCAAUGAUGUCGGGAUCAGGCGAGCAGCGGUCGCCUUCGAAACGCAAGCGACGCCUUAGCAAUAUUGUUUCGGCGGGUAGGCAUAAGCAUGAGAAGAUUCAACUGCCGCAGACAUUUCUCUUGGGAGGUAACAUCAACGAUCCGUUAAACCUGAACGAACUUAUUGAAGAACCGGCACUUGGUGAAAAAUCACCUUCUCUUUCACCUCUGCAGAAGCAGCCAAAACAGUAUCAGGGUGAUGCCAUUGAAGUUAAGAUCCCAAAGGAUUUGCAUGAUCCGUUGAGUCUUAAUGGCGUGGCCGACAGAAGUGAUCAUUUCGGUUCGGGAAACAGGCGUUUCCGCAAGCGAAAACGUGGAAUAAGUACAAAGUCUGAUGAAGGCGACUGGCCACAGGAAAGAAAAAGAAAACGAUGUCUUUCCGAAAGUUUUGCCAUCGGAUCUCGUAGCAAAACCGUGUACAGCCGUCAAAAUUCGGACGGCAGUAAAGAACUGAGUUCAAAAGUGAUUAAGGCCAAAGCAUUAUCGGCUGAUUUCAGUGUAUCUCGUUCUGGCAGACAAUCUGAUCCAAUCGUGUCUCCUGUUUGUGAUAAUGCCUCUCCAAUGUGUGGCUCAAAGCUGAACCUGGACAGCACCCAAAAGAUUAGUGAAGAACCUAAAGCCUCGCAGUCAAAUGAGUCAUCAAGAAAAGAAGCUGCUGGUACAUCUGGUAUAUCAAAAACAGCUGCUAAAAAGAUGACAGCUGCCAGAUAUUGUUACGGUAAUUACGAUAAUUACUACGCUAUGCGUCUGUGUACGGAGUUGAGCGACCCUAGAAUACGUUGCUUUAAAGAAGAAUGGUUUUCUGGGCGUAAAGUUUUAGAUGUUGGCUGUAACGUCGGCUACAUAACGAAAUAUAUAGCCGAAACUUUCAGUCCUCGAGUUAUUGUCGGUCUGGACAUCGAUCGCAAGUUAAUCAAGAAGGCCAGAAACAGUAUUCGUCGAUACAUUGCACUGCAGAAUUCGUCGCAGAACUCUAAAUAUCCUGCAAAGUUUAUCGACCAGUAUGGACCAAUCGACGCAGAUACAGCGGGACCACCCGGAGGCACCGAAUUCCCUUGCUUUCCUCACAAUAUCUUUUUCAAGACCGGUAAUUACGUCUUGGAUAGUGAUGACUUGUUGGAUAAUGUUCGACCCGAGUAUGACACUGUGAUUGCCUUCAGCAUUACAAAAUGGAUUCAUCUUAAUUUUGGUGAUGAUGGUUUGAAGAGAUUCUUUAAGCGUAUCUACCGGCAUCUUACUCCCGGUGGACUAUUUCUGUUGGAGCCUCAGCCUUUCUCUUCGUAUAAAAGGAGGAAAAAGUUGACGCCUAUCAUAAAGCAGAAUUUUCAUAACUUGCACUUUAAAACUACUGAAUUCACUGCAUUUCUGUUGAGCAAAGAAGUGGGGUUUUCGACGUAUGAACAAAUUAUUGUUCCGAUGCAUUCGUCUCAAGGUUUUCGCAGACCGAUCCAACUGUACACAAAGCCCAUGCAUGAUCGAUUUCCGGCUCAGCAGUGA